AUGGAUGUGAUCAUUAAAGAGGGGCCACUUUUCUUGCAAGCUGUUAAGUUUGGGAAGAAGAUAUGGAGGAUGACAUGGUUGAUUGUCUUUGAGCCCAGCCCUACAGGAAUCGGUCGGAUGGAGUUGUACGACAUGCGUGAUGGACGGGGGCUGUUGGGUUCGGGCACUGCCAGGCCUGCCGGGCUCAAGAAGAUGGACAAACGGGUGAUCCGUCUGUCGGACUGUCUGAGCAUCACCCCGGCUCCUGGAGAGAGCUGUCCUACAGAUUGCUCUGCCUUCUUUUUAAACACCAUAACUUGCACCUACACCAUCGCUACUCCCACCCGUGAGGACUGGAUGUCUGUUCUGUGCCAGCUGGCUUUUCAGAAGGCCAGUGGAGAUGAAGUUGCCGGAAAACUCCAGAGAGAUAAAUUCACACAUCUGGCUGACAAUGAACUGUACUCCACCUGGGGCGUAGGUCAGUUCCAGGUAACGGUACAGAGCACACACGCGUCUCAGAGGUGCAGGAUGUCUGGCCCGUACCUGUUCUCUGUUGAGAAAGAUUCUAUUGCUCUGUUGUACCUCAAGACAGGACAAACCAUGUAUCACUGGCCCUAUAGACUCCUCAGAAGAUUUGGUCAAGUCAAGGGAGGGAUUAUGUUCGAGGCAGGUCGUCGCUGUCACACGGGCGAGGGUCAUUUCAUUUUUUUGUCCAAUCAGGGUUCACAAAUACACCGGGCCAUUGAAGAGGCCAUCAUGCACCAGAACGUCCAGGACAUGCUGGCAGAAGCCACUUCUCAGCCACAAGAGUUUGCAUCCCAGCCCCUCUCCUCAGAUAGUCAAACACAGAACAGAUCUAAGGUGAAAAAACCUCCUCCAAUUAAAAUGACUCAGGACCGACCCCGCCUGGCGGUGCAGCGCAAACACAGCCAGCAAAUACACAAAGCCAUUGAGGAAGUUCUCGCGCAUCACAGUGCUCCAGAUCUUCCGGCACCAUCCACCCCUCUCCAAAAAGAUUCUCAGCCCCCAACUCCCAAACCCAAAACACAAGAUAGACCUAAGGACAGGCCUAAGGUAAAUAAUCCUCCUCCGGUCAGUUUGACACACAGGCAACCGACAAACAGGGAAGCGACACAUUCCAGCCCUUCUCCACCAGUCCCUACACCACCACCCCGUGUGAUAGUACCACGCCAAAACAUCUCUUUACCAGGUCAUCCUUCCAUCAGAAGCCCUCCGAGCAUCCCAGAUGAUGUCUUGUAUGCCAGCCUAUUACUAGAACCAAAGCCUAGAUCAAGAAUGAAUCUCCCGAGAGCUCCAACACCUCCUAGCCUAAAGAAUUCAUUACAAGAACCUUCUGAGAACGAAGAGGAGGACAAUCCCUACAUAAACUGGAUGGCUAAAACCACUGCUGAACUGGAAAAAAACACUGCUGAAGUCGUAUACAGCACAUUAAAUUUUGCAGCCAAGAGUGAGACUAACCAAAGUGAGGAGGGUGGUGAUCAAGAGCAGCCAAAUAUUGACCAGCAGAUUUCCACAGAAAUCCCUGCUGACUUUAAACAGACUCUCUCUAACAUCUUGUUUAAAGAUCUCUCUAAAAUAUCACCUUCUUCUCUUCCCAGAUCACACGGAGGAAGUUCAGAUCAUUUAGAAAGAACAGACAAGACAGAUGACUGAUUAACCUUUUUAUGUCUGCUGUUGUGGGCGGGGCUUUGGUUGAA